AUGGCUCCUGGCGAUGGACCCUCGCGCAUGCAUGGCCUGCAUGGCAAGAAGCUGAUUUACUUCUUGUCCAUCUUCGUGUCGUUGGGCGUGUUUUUGUUUGGGUAUGAUCAGGGUGUCAUGUCGGGCAUAAUAACGGGUCCUUACUUCAAGGACUACUUCAACCAUCCCUCCGCUGCCGAGAUCGGAACCAUGGUCGCCAUUCUGGAAGUCGGCGCGUUCAUAGCCUCGUUAUCAGUAGGACGCAUUGGAGAUGUGCUGGGCCGGAGAAAGACCAUUCUAUACGGUGCCGUCGUCUUUGUCGUAGGCGGUGCCAUUCAGACAUUUGCAACGGGCAUGCCGAUGAUGCUACUGGGACGUAUCAUUGCCGGCCUGGGGGUUGGUGCUCUCAGCACGAUUGUGCCAGUCUACCAGAGCGAGAUCAGCCCUCCGCACAACCGUGGCAAGUUGGCUUGUAUUGAGUUCUCGGGGAAUAUCUUUGGAUACAUGUGCAGUGUGUGGGUCGACUACUUCUGCAGUUACAUCAAGAACGACUGGGCCUGGCGGGUGCCUUUGCUGAUGCAAGUGGUCAUGGGAGGCUUGCUCGCUGUGGGAAGCUUCCUGAUUGUUGAGUCCCCACGAUGGCUCCUGGACAAUGACCAUGACGAGGAGGGCAUUGUCGUCAUUGCCAACCUCUACGGGAAAGGCGACAUCCACAACCCCAAGGCACGGGACGAGUAUCGCGAGAUCAAGAUGAAUGUCCUGCUUCAACGACAGGAGGGCGAGCGAUCCUACAGGGAUAUGUUCAAGCGAUACUACAAGCGUGUGUUCAUUGCCAUGUCUGCUCAGGCUUUGGCGCAGCUCAAUGGCAUCAAUGUCAUUUCAUACUACGCCCCGCUGGUGUUCGAACAAGCUGGAUGGGUUGGCCGAGAUGCCAUUCUCAUGACUGGAAUCAAUGGACUCACAUAUCUGGCUUCAACAAUCCCUCCCUGGUAUGUCGUCGACCGACUCGGCCGCCGAUUCAUCCUCUUAUCCGGAGCCGUGAUGAUGGUCAUCUCGCUAUCAGCGAUUUCCUAUUUCAUUUACAUUGACGUUCACAUCACGCCUACGAUGGUCGUCGUCUUCGUGAUGAUUUAUAACGCAGCGUUUGGCUAUUCUUGGGGUCCGAUUCCUUGGUUGUAUCCGCCAGAGAUUCUGCCUCUCAGCAUCAGAGCAAAGGGUGCAAGUUUGUCGACCGCUUCGAACUGGGCAUUCAACUGGCUUGUGGGAGAGAUGACGCCUAUAUUGCAGGAAGCAAUCAAGUGGCGGCUGUACUUGCUGCAUGCGUUCUUUUGCGCGCUCAGUUUUGUUGUCGUAUGGUUCAUCUACCCGGAGACGGCCAAUGUGCGGUUAGAGGACAUGAAUUCCCUGUUCGGAGACGCAACCACGAUAGCGCCCACGCCAGAGACCCUCGCAGAAGCCGAAUCGCUAUUCAGCGGCAACCGUUCGCCAGUGGGAUCUUUCCGUCUCGGCGACCAAGGCGAUCCUCCAAUCCCAGACAUGGACCUCCAACCCCCAGAUGUCGAAAUCCAAGACGGCAAACCCCAGCUCAGCAAAGACGAAAGCCAAGGCGAAGGCGUGGGAGGUUGGAUCACCAACGUCGUCAAGCGCGCAAGAGGCGACGACGCGAAUGGCAGUGGCAGCGGCAAGUACAAGCGGGUAGGCCAGGACGACGAGCCAUAA